AUGGUGUUGGUGAGGAGCCCUAAACGCUCUGUCCCUACAGGCAUCAUAGAUACUAAUAAGGAGCAGCAGCAGCAGCAACAGCAGCAGCAGCAGCAACAGCAGCAGCACCCCAAUAAGAUUCCUGCUGCAUCAUCACUUGUGCGUAAUCGCACAGCCUCUGCUGCAGCAGCAGCAGCAACAGCAGCAGCAACAGCAGCAGCAGCAGCACCGGCAGCAGCAGCAGCUCGCAGCAGAAUACCAGGGCCUUCCGAUCGACUGCAGCAGCAGCAGCAGCAGCAGCAGCAGCAGCAGCAGUUAGGGAGCACCUCUACACCUAAUCGUUCUCCAUUAAUAAGGGGUUUAGCUGCUCCUGCUGCAGCAGCAGGUGCUGCUGCUGCUGCAGCUUCUCCAGGGUCUGCAACACGAGCAGCAGUAGCAGCAACAACAACAACAGCAGCAACAGCAGCUGCAGCAGCAACAGCAGCUGCAGCAGCAACAGCAGCAGCAGCAGCAGCAUUUGCUGCAGAGAAAUCAGUAGAUGUCUCCUUACCGCAGCAAGAAACCCUCAAGCGUUUAUCUGCUCAUGAUGAGCCACUGCAGCAGCAGCAGCAGCAGCAGCAACAGCAGCAACAGCAGCAGUAUGGUGAGCAGGAGGAGAACGACCAGCAGCAGCAGCAGCAGCAGCAGGAGGAGGAGGAGAUGGAGGAGGAGUACGUACCUGGCCGAUUGCCACGAAGUGCUGGUGCAUUCCUAAGACAUUGGCAGCAGCAGCAGCAGCAGCUGCAGCAGCAAUUGGGGUGUAUGGACACCGAGCAGCAGCAGCUGCAGCAGACAAUAAGUUUAGAGAAAAGAUCAGAGGAAGCAAUAAGGAAGGCAGCAUUGCUGCUGCAGCAGCAACGUGAGCAUAGACAGCAGGAGUUACAGCAGCAGCAGCAGCAGCAGCAGGAAGCACAGCAGCAGCACGAGGAGAGCGAGAGCCGUUUUGUCUCCAUACAGACAGAAGCAGCAGCAGCAGCAGGAGGAGAGGAGCUGCUGCAGCGUCGUCUGCAGCAGACACAUAUAAAGAAGCAGCAACUGCAGCAGCAGCAGCAGCAUAAGCAUGAUUUAUUAUAUAGUCUUAGUAAGACAGAGAUAAAAGCGCAGCAACUGCAGCAGCUGCUGCAGCAACUCAAGCAGCAGCAGCAGCAGCAAAUAGAGACACUACGUGAGCAAGAGUUGCUGCUGUCUCUUGCUACAACAUUUAAGAUUAGUAAGAUCAGCAGCAGCAGCAUAACAGGAUUAACUGUACCUGAUCAUCGUCCUGCUGCUGCUGCUGCUGCUGCUGCUGCUGCAACAACAGCAACAGCAACUGCAGCAGGAACAGGAAGAGAUUCUGCUGCUGCUGCUGCUGCAGCAGCAGCAGCAGCAGAUAACGACAGCAACUGUCUCCUUGAAGGACAGGCAGAGUGUGCAUCUAUUGUACAAGUAGAGCUCCCCCCACAACUGCAGCAGCAGCAGCAGCAGCAGCAGCAGCAGCAUCAAUUAACAGCAGCAGCAGCAACAGCAACAGCAGCAGCAACAGCAGCAGCAGCAGCAGAACAAUCUGAAUCUGCUGAGCUGCUGUGGCAGCAACUAUUAGAACAAUCAAUUGCUAGCGAUAGACAAGCAGCACUCGUGCUGCAGAGAAUAAGAGAAGUCUGUCUACCCUAA